UUAGAUCCACGUUGUCAAAUAAGUUCUCGUCUAUUAUUUCUAUUAGUUGUGUUCUAUCCUGGGGCCUUAUUCUGUGUUUCAUCAUUUAUUAUCGAUUUCCUGCGGCCAAUUUUUAUAGCCAGAUAAGCAUUGAAAUCAUAAUCGUACCUAUUGUUCAAAAUUAUUGUAAUAAUAAAUAUUUCGAUAUUUAAAGGAAAAAAAUUAUUAAUUUAAAAUUAAUUCGAAGCGACUUGUCGAUGGUUCACAGUUGAACUAGAUAAAAUGUUUCCCAAACUUGGUUUACUUGUCUUUUUGUCAAUAUGUGUAUAUAUGAGCAGAGGGUUCACGAAAACAGAUUGCAAUGAAAAUCAUGAACGGGUAUCCUGCGGAUCAAAAUCAAAACGGUUUACAUGGAACAACGAAAAAAAACUUUGCAUUGAGGCAUCUUAUGGAGGUUGCAACAGUACUUUAAACAACUUUCCAUCGAGGUUAGACUGUGAAAGGGUCGCCAGACCUAUCUGUACCAAGGAUUUUAUCAAUGCAAUGAAUGCAUUUUCUAAAAAUGAUUGCAAACACGACACCUUUAUUGGCAAACCAUUAGAAUGCCCAGGAGCUAACUACAAAUAUUUCUAUGAUGUUUGGAUAUGGGACAACCGACGCGAAAAAUGUAUCGAAUGGGUUCAUUUUAAUUGUAACGGUUCUCCAAACAGGUUUGCCAAUAAGGAAGACUGUGAGAGAAUUGCAAGACCCAUUUGUACAUCAUGAAGACUUUUGAGCCUGGCAGACUAUCCACAAAUAACUAAUAAUUAA